GUCCUUCGGGAGCUCGAGCCCAGGAGAAGGAACUUUGUAGAUAUUUCCUUGAUGUGCAGAAGAUCUCAUAUGGAAAUAAUACUUAAUAAUCCUUUUCUUUGCUGCUUGUAAGCCAAACGUUGCAACAGAGCACUAGCAUGUAAGAACUAGAAAGGGAAACGAGAAGUGAAAGAGAAAUAUCCUAAUCUCUUUGUUUUCUCCAUCCUGAAAGCCAUAAGAAAGUGAACAUGAAAGAACAAAACAACAGUGUUAUUUCGGUAAUUUUCACUUGGGAACACUGACUUUGAAGUGCAGAAUAUUUGCAUCUUUAGAAGUUGUUGAAUGUAAUGAUAACCUUCCCAACAGUUGAUAAAAUUCCCUUAAAAUAAGAACAGCACUUUUGAUGACUUAUGAGUAGCCUCCUGAGUAGUGAAAAAGUGUUGAACUACAGAGCUGUCACAAUAACUUGUCAAUUAUUGUGAUCCAUAACCAGGGUUUUGUUAUUUCUGUCAUAUUUUCCUCUAUUUUACUUGAGGCUCUGCUAUGUUUGUUCUUCCUUUCUUGAUCAAGUACUAGAGUUGAGUUCGUUUGAACAAAAUAUCUCAUUUGUGAGACUAAAUAAAUCUGCAGGGAGUUUCACUAUUUAUUUUGUUGGUAUUAGGAAGCUGAUUCCCAACCCAUUAGCUGUUUACCAGUGAAAAGGUACACUGGCUAUCAUAGCUGUAAAUCAUAUAAAUAUGGUCAAAGACUACAAAUCACAAUCUCUGAUUAAUAAGGCACAGUUGACAUGCUUGCAACCUUUUAAAUCUUGUGACGUGUAUGUUUUCUACGUUAGUGAUGAUUUCAGUGAUGUUUUCGACACUCCUUUUAUUCAGUAAAAUAUUAAUUUGGGAAAAUACUUUCUGAAACUUUGUUUCAAACUACUGUAUACUGCAAGAGAAAAAGUUGCACCUAUUUGCUACUUACAAAUGCAAAAAUGGAAGGUCACCUAAAACAGCUGUAUUUAUUAAGUAGAUAGGAAUUGGUUCCCAUUAUUCCACUGAGAGUUCUGACCCUGUAUGUAGAAGAAUGCAUGUUACCUUGUCUUCUACUGUAAUGCAAUUUCGUGUGUUGGUGUAGGAAAAAAAUGACUCAAAUUAGUUUUUUUUGAUAGUUGGCUCUUUAUCCUCUGAGGAUCAUGACUUUGACCCUUCUGCUGAAAUGCUGGUACACGAUUAUGAUGAUGAGCGAACUCUCGAAGAAGAGGAAAUGAUGGAAGAAAGCAAAAAUUUCAGCUCCGAAAUUGAAGAUUUAGAAAAGGAAGGAAACAUGCCAUUGGAAGAUUUACUGGCAUUCUAUGGCUAUGAACCCACGAUUCCAGUUAUGGCAGGUUCCAGUGCAGAUAGCUCUCCAAGUGAACUUGCAGAUGAACUUCCAGAUAUGACGUUAGAUAAAGAGGAAAUAGCCAAAGACCUCUUGUCAGGUGAUGAUGAAGAAACACAGUCCUCGGCUGAUGACUUGACACCAUCAGUUACUUCACAUGAGGCUACAGACUUCUUUCCUCGACCGUUAAGAUCAAACACUACGUGUGAUGGAGAUAAAGAAUCAGAUGGUGAAGAUGUAGAGGCAGACAAUGGCAAUUCCUCUGAAGAUUUGAGAAAGGAAAUAAUGGUUGGUUCACAGUAUCAGGCUGAAAUUCCACCUUACCUUGGCAGAUAUAGUGAUGAUGAAAAGGCAUAUGAAAAUGAAGACCAUUUACUUUGGAAACCUGAUGUGAUCUCAGAAAGCAAAGUUAAGGAAUACCUUUUUGAAACCUCUUUGAGAACAGGAAAUGAGAAAAUGAUUGGCAGAAUUCCUGAAGGAAUACAUACACGGGACAAUGAACAAGCACUCUAUGAACUUCUCAAAAGUAGCCAUAAUGUUAAAGAAGCAAUUGAGAGAUACUGCUCAAAUGGAAGGGCAUCUCAGGAAGAGAUGACAGCAUGGACAGAAGAAGAAUGCAGAAGCUUUGAACAUGCACUUCUGAUUUAUGGAAAAGACUUUCAUCUCAUACAGAAAAACAAGGUAAGAACCAGAACAGUUCCAGAGUGUGUGGCUUUUUACUACAUGUGGAAAAAGUCAGAACGUUAUGAUUACUUUGCUCAGCAAACAAGAUUUGGGAAGAAGAGAUACAACCAUCAUCCAGGAGUUACGGACUACAUGGAUCGCUUGGUAGAUGAAGCAGAAGCGCUUGGUGGAGCAGUACACUCUUCAGCCUUAACAUCUAAUAGUAGAACGGAGUCCAUCCCUGAUCAACAGCUAAGCAUUCUGAACUCUAUCACUGCCAAUGAGUUGACAGCAUUGACCAAUAGUGUAGCUACAGUUUGCCACACUUCCGAUGUGAACUGCCUGGAUGAUGCCUUUCCUCCUAUGGACAGCUUACCCCGAGCACCAGUUAAUCAUGUGCCUGUUGGAACAGAAGAAUUGCUUAACUUGCCAAGCAAUGGUGAAAGUGAUUGUUUUAAUUUAUUUGAGACUGGCUUUUAUCAUUCGGAGAUUAACCCAAUGAACAUGUGCAGUGAGGAGUCAGAAAGACCUGCAAAGAGAUUGAAAAUGGGAAUUGCUGUCCCGGAAUCUUUCAUGAAUGAUGUCUCUGUAAAUAACCUUGGUGUGGACUUUGAGAACCACACACAUCAUAUUACCAGUGCCAAAAUGGCUGUCUCAGUGGCUGACUUCAGCAGUCUAUCUGCAAAUGAGACAAAUGGUUUUAUCAGCACCCACACUCUACACCAACAUACCGCCCUUCACUCAGAAUGACUCUGCAGAGAACUAAACAAACAGUGGGUACUUUAUGCAGUAGUAGUAAACUUGAUGGGAGCUAUCAGGUUUGCUUAGUCUUUCACUGGAAGUUUGAACUUUAUGACAUCAGUGAUGUCUUUGUAUGUAUAGAACUAUAUCUUGAUUUAUCAAGAGUAAUUUCUUUUUUCAGUCCAUAAAUGUGGAAAUGUCAUAUGAUGUUCGGCAGAGUUUGGACUAAGAGAACUCUGUGGUGCAGCUUUAAGCUCUGCUUCAAUUUUUUUUAAAGCCUGUAGACAGAGGCCACCAUUUCAAAACCAGCACAGAAGUUCUGAACUGAUUGGAGUGGCUUUUUAGUCUAAGUUACUUUUGCCGUAACAGAUGCAGUGGAAUAACAAUGUUUACAGGUACCGAUCCUGAUCCCUGCUCAAUGUAGCAUUUUUUUUUUUUUUUAAAUAAAGGCAGGGAUGGGUUUCUUUAAUUUAAACUGCACAAACAUACAAGGAUGUUUUUUAAACGGAACCUUCUCUCAUGUGAUACUAAACUAGAGCACUUCAGUUUACAAAACAGCAAGUUCAUCUUGGUGGAAGCUAGCACAAGGGACUUAAAAUGAGUAAAGUAUGAAGACCUGCGCUUGGAUGCUGUUGCAAAAUUAUAGGCCAUGGCUACCUUACACAGAAGUAAUUAUACUGCCAGAGGUAUCUGUGUACUUUAAACUUACUGGCUUAAACAGAUGCGUUUUAGCCUAUUGUAUUCUGAUGGGUUUUGUCCACAACUUUGAAGAGUAAUGUAAUCGUGUAACUUAAUUUUUCCUAAGGUAGCUGAUGUUGUGUAACGCUACAGUCUGCAUAGCUUAGGAUUUACCACUAAACAGUUUACAUUUUGGAGGACAUCUUAAAUUGUUUGGAGCACUGCAGUUCAAAGUGUUACAGUUUUGAGGGGCUAUCUAGUUUACAUAGAAGUAGUAGAACCUUGAAGUACGUAUUUGAUAGUUUUUCUAUAGCGUGGAUUGCAUUUACUUGUUUUGGCAAGUCAUUGACUCAAAAAAUGGCACUUCACUACCCUGGUCAAGUAGGAAAACACUGAGUGCAAUUUAACCGUCCCCAAAGUUUCUAUCUUGAAAAGGAUUGUCCUAAUUCUUCUGGAAGUGUCAAACCACACGUAAUAUUGGCUUGUAAUAUGUUCUUGUAGCAUACAACUUUCAGGGUUCUUUUUUUUUUAAUAAGAAACUGCAAUUUAUUUCAGUAGGAUUACAUUACCCCUUUCCCUCCACACUUUUCUUUGCACUGUUCAUAUCACAAAUCUAAUUGCCACUAAGUUGUUUUCAUUAACUAAAUGAUUAAGUUUGACUGCAUUGUUGAUAUUUGUAGUAAUUGCUUCAAGGUUACGUUGAGUAAUUAGAAAGUAGUGACUUUAAUAUUUGAAAGGGAAGAGGGUAUUUAUUAUGCAUACUGUGAACUGCAUUGACAUCCUGAGUUUUGGAUGCAGCGUGUGGAGUUUUCUUUACAGCAUUGUAAUGAAGAUUGCUUUGAAGUGUUUACGCAAUAGCACAUUUACCAUAUUAAAAAAAAAAAUAGUUUAGCACAGUGGACAAAAGUAGAGGUAAUUUUGUAAUCAACUCUUAACUUAUACAUCUGAAGUAUGUAAUUCUAGUAAGUACACAGUAAAUAAUGGGUAGCCUUGGCCCUGUGUUGUACUCUGACAUUUUUAGCCAAGUUGUCAGCUUCUUGUUGCUGUGUUUUGUGCUGAACUUUGUACCUUGUUUCUUUUGUUUUUGAAUCAACACAUUUUCUGCAAUUUUGUAAAAUACUGGCCAUAAUCCUUCAUUGUUAUACAUUCAAGUUUAACUAUGGGUUUACAGUGAGUGGCUGGUCUGUAUAAAAAUCAUUACACAAAGAUGACUGAAUGCUUAUACCAGUUGCACUUAAAUGAACAUGCCCAUUCUCAUUAGCUGAUGCAGUAAUACAUUCAGUUUAUCUAUGCAUUGCUGGGAUCUUAAUGUAGACAGAGACUUGUCUAAGGUUUGGGUUGUCAGCAAGUUGAAUGGACACUUUAGUUAUUUAAUAAAGACUUUUGACCAAAAUUCAGAAAAUGAUAUGAGAGAAAAAUGAAUUCCGGCUAGUCAAAUAGAUUUUUAAAUGCUGAUCUUAUUUAGCCUGUUGGCUAGCUAGCUGGUAUCGUUUACUUUUAAUUCCUUGUUAAAAUGAGGCAAUAAUUUGCAAGAUUUUGUAAAUAUGUAAAUUCUUCAUAUCUUUUUAGAUAUCUAUUUCAAUAUUUUCUGACUACUUCUGUGUAUAGUAACAUUUUUGUGCAUGCUUGAUGUGACAUUCAUAAAUUUGUACCACUAUGACUUUAUCCAUGUAAAAUAGCUAUUUAUUGAAAAUUUUCUUUUGAAAGCUGGACUUACUUAUUUUUCUCUCAGUUUAAACAUUUAAAUGGAGAGCUUGUUACUGUUUAUUAAAAGAAUUGCGUUUUGAAAGUCAGCAUGAAGAUAACUGAAUUGCAGGCGUAUGAAGAAAUACUGCCUUGGUUCUUAGAUGGUGAAGCACAAUUCUUAUAACAAACUGUGAUGAAUUCUUUGUCCUUUGCCACACUUUUUCUUCAUACAAACAAACCAAAAAUCCGUAAUGGGCAAUUGCAGUGUUGGUAAAUGUAUCCUUUUUAUGUACAGGGAAUCUGAAGAGGAUAGCUGAUUCAUUUAGAAGUGUAACUGGUGCUGUGAUUAUAGCAAUACUUUUUAUUUUUGUUAGUCAUACAUCAUCUUUUCAUGUUAGAUUUUUAAAUGUUUAGUUUUCCUCUUGUCAUGGUCAAACUGCUGAAUUUACUUGAAGGAUGUACAAUACUUUGCAGAAUACUAAAUUGUGUACAAUUAGGUCAAUGAAUUGUGCAAUUCUUUCCUGUUUUUACUUUUUAAAACUGAGGGUCAAAAUGUAUGAAAACUUCAGAUCCAGUAGAACAUAGUGAUACUACUUAAUUUAACCAAAGUCUCUAGUGAAUAUUUCAGCUUUGAAUGUAAACUAAUGGAUAAACUGACCAACAGGGACACUAUUUUGCCCAGCGUUACAAGCACAUUGUCUACAGACGGGGAAACUAAAUACAGUAAUUUAUAAAAUAAUGACAAGGUUACUAUUUUUUUUAUUCCUAUUUUUCAUUAAAAGAAGGAAAAUACUAUCAAUUGUAAAAUACAGUAGGUAUGGUUAUAGUCCUCUUAAUGAAACAGAGAUUCCAGUUAUUCUCAGUUCCAAGUAAGUACCCUGUGCAUAACAACAGAUUUAGUGACAAUCGGAACAGGCUUUAGUAUCAGAUGUUCAAGAGGAAGUCGCUAUUGUUGCAUUGGUUUUAAUAUUUGUACAUAAACACUGAUUUUUUUGAGCAUUAUUUUGUAUUUGUUGUACUUUAAUACCUGGUGUACAGUUCCAGAAAUAAAUGUCUGGAAACCUUU